UUGAGUGUACAUAUUUGCAAAUAACGUGGUUAUCAACAAUUUUUAUCAUUUUCUCAAUUUCUACUUUUGUGGUCACUUGAAUAUUGAUUACUGUUAUUUGGUAAUGACUACCGCAGUUUUGAACGACCCCACAUCUUCUUGGGGUGAAUCAGCUAAACAUGUCAAUGCAAGCGGGGAUAGAUUUGCUGUUAAGUACAUGGGAUAUGCACCGAUACUACAAACUAUCAGGGAAAGACCCAUUGCGGAUAGAGAUGCACUUGUUAGACAUUGCAUCAACACUGUUGUGUCUUCUAGAGCAACGCAUGAGUAUUCUGUAAUUCAACAUGAAGGGGUUGUCGGUCCGUAUGUUAGUGUAUAUCAGUUGGACUUAUUUCUUAACAUCAGCAGUUUCACUAUAACAUGUUUUCACAUUCAAGACGGCAGAACUCAUUUGCUCGGAAGAUAUAAGAAUAACCAGAUCUCGCACUAUAAAUACAGGGAAAUAGAUGGACGUCAUUAUUUGGGCAUUGUGAUGAAAAUUGGAAGAACUGAGAAACGAGAGUGCAACGUUUUCAUGUUGGAUAACGACAUCGCCCUGAAUGACCUUACAACAAAAUUGCGAAGUGUCGAUGAACGAAGACAUAAUAAUGCGCUACAGUUGGAAACUCGCCUGAGGUCGACACAAGAAUACAGGUACACACCGAACAUGCUUGCAUGCUACCAUGGUCCGCUGUCACACGAAGACGCCUGUAGGCAACUAGUUCUACCGGGAGAAUUCAUCAUAAGGGAUAGUUCAAUGCGUGGAGAGUUUGCCGUUUCCUAUAAAACUAGUCAUGGACCUCACGACAAAUCAAUUGUGCCCAACAAUAACAUCGACUUUUUCCGACGAUUUCAAGUCGAUCAGAGUGUUUUGAAACAUCCAGUUGUGAGACGUCAAGAGUGAAACCUAAUACAUUUUUAUAAUUUCAAAUUUUUGUAACGACUACAAUGCAAAUAAAACUAGUUUAUAAAUGGCAAUUGAGAAUUUUAGUUCCAUCGGAAAUAAGAAGACUCCUUCCCGCUCGGACUGUCACAUUUGCGUUGGAAAUAGUGGCACCAUCGUUAGAGUAUAAUUGUGUGAUUGUUCUGAAUAAUAAAAAAUAUAAGAUG